CGGAUCGGCCCUGUCUUCUAUAUUUAACUCGAGCUACAAACAGCGAGAGCCGUACGUGGAAAGGUCUCUCUCUCCUUCUUCUGUGGCGUGGGUAUGAGCGGGCUGCUCGCUGUCCGACAGCCCUCCUUUUAAUGCGUUUCUGCGGGUGAAGACACGCCGGACAGGAGGGAGUAUAACCGGUAAGGUUGGUCCUGCAAGAGGAGGACAUUAGACCGGCUUCAGAUGAUGAGAUUGGGCUCUUUGUGGACGAGAUUUAUUUAAAUCACUUAGAUGCCGGUGUGUUGAGGACUGCUUCUUGCAGAUUUUUUUUUUUUUUUUCUCUCUCUUUUAUGGCAGAUGACAUGUGAAAUGUGUAGGUCUUUACUUCCGCUUGGUGUCUCAGUGUAGCGGAAAGAUCUUCAGUCUGAGCUGACUCAAGUUAAGGAUUUAAAAUGAAACAAGGUCAACCAUGAUGAGGUAUAGUGGAGGCCACUGGUCCUUGAAAACCAUGGAUGGACUUUACUUUGAUGUGAAACCAAAAGAAAGUGAAGCCCAGAGGCCACGAAGCUCUGAGAAAACGCGACAUAAUCUAACCCCGAACAAUUGCUCGUGUCCCUCCCUUUCACACCUCAACUCUGCGGCUCAGAGUCCCCAGAAAUGUGCCGGUGCUUGGGAUAGGGGAACGCCAUGGAGAGGGCAGAUGGACGAAGAAGAGAUAAGAUACCAGCUGACAAUGAUUGGUUUCAGGGCAGUUCACCACCUGACCUCCAUGGCCAUGCUGCCCUGGGUGGUGGCCGAGAUCUGCAGGUCCUCCAAGAAGGAUCCGGGUGCUGGGCCACAUCAUGCUGCAAAAGGUUCUCCUUCAUGCAGCAAUAAGACUGUGCUUCUGUGUGUGUCUGCAUCCUGGGUGCGGUGUGUGUCCGUCCCAGCUGAGCGCCGUCUCUGGGACCCUCUGACACACACGGUGCUGUUUGAAUGUCGUCCUCAUCAAGUGACCAAGUUAAUUCACAACAGCCAGGAGCCCAGUGUCUUUGCCUGCCUGGUGAAAGACUCGCUGAAGUGUGCCUGCUACGUCUUCCAGGGCCUGGACAGCACCAAGGUCCCUGAGAUCAUCAGUACGUUGAGGCAGGCUGGCAAAAGCUCAGCACGCAACAAUGACAUCAAUCCUGACUCCAUAAAGACGUCCACGAGUUCAGAAGGUAGUGAUUCUUCAGAAACAUGCCUCUCCUCAGUCUCUGCUACAUCAAACUCCACCGCUCCCACCUCUGCUGUGUCUCCAACAACGUUUGCUAAAAAGUUUGAGGUACUUUUCUGCGGCAGAGUGAGUGUUGCUCACAAGAAAGCCCCACCCGCCUUAAUAGAUGAGUGUAUCGAGAAGUUCAGUCAGCUGCAUGGCUCAGGGACGACAGAUAAGGGAGGUGGGGGUUUGGUGGAUGGGCUGAGGAGGGCGUUUACCUUCCCAUCCUCUGGACUGGGGAAUGGCUCUGUUCGGAACGGUACAGCGGGAAGCGCCACCAUUGGGUCGAGCUCUGCUCUGUUAAAGAGGGACUCCAGCUUCCCAAGCCUGCACCUCGACGAGAACGGCCUUUGUCCAGAAAUUUCCAACAACAACACUACAGAUUCGAUCACCUGCUCGACGACGGUGCAGCCGACCAGCCUGCAGGAGAACCGGACCAUGCUGUUUACGGUGGGCAAGUCCCAGAUCUUCUUGGUCAGUCCAGACACUAAGAAAGUUGCCAUAGAAAAGAGUUUCCGAGAAAUCUCAUUUUGCUCUCAGGGAAUUCGUCAUGUCGAUCACUUUGGCUUCAUUUGCAGAGAAACGGCAGAAGGCGGAAGCUGCCAUUUUGUGUGCUAUGUCUUCCAGUGCACUGAUGAAUCAUUGGUGGAUGAGAUCAUGUUGACUUUGAAGCAGGCGUUCUCUGUAGCUGCCCUACAGCAGAACGCAAAGACCCAGAGCCAGCAGUGUGACAGCUGCCCCAUUCAGCAGCUCCACAGGCUGUGUGAGAGAAUAGAAGGUUUGCACCCUUCCAAAACAAAGCUAGAGCUUCAGAAGCACUUGGCCACUUUAGACAACGAUGAGCAGGCUUCGGUCUUUGAAAACACUAUGCGGGCUCGUCCUAAGAGCGAUCAGGAAGAAAAUGAACUAGUGAUGGCCUCCCUAAGGAAUAUGUAUGAGGAGAAACAGAAAGCUCAUCAGCACUCUUCUCUUGACAACAGCAAACGGGUCUCUGAAGAUGCAGCUCCUGCACCUCAGGAGACACAACAGCAGAGCAGCAGUCGGCAGCGGCUGGAGCAGUUCAAGUCCAGAGCGAAGCGCUCUCUUACCGAGUCCUUAGAAGGCAUCUGGAAGGGAAGCAACAAGGCCAAACCUCAGAGGGAGAGCAGUCAGGGAAGUGAGAGCAGCUCUUCUUCUGGUGCUGUCAGCAGAGAUCAGCCGUGCUUCGAGGACCCCCUAACUCCUUCACCUCAUCUACGACCCACCAGCCCACUCAGAGGCCACAACUCCGCUGGAGACUUGAAGCUUCUUGACUCGUCUAUUCCUCUGUCUUCGUCGUUCUCCUCUCUACCUGAUAAUCCCGAGCCGCAGGGCUUCCGCCGGCGGGCCAGCACCUUCAGUCAUUCCCCCUUCCCGUCCUCAGUGCUCGAGGACUCUCCCCUAUACAUGCAGACUCAUUCGCCACAGGAACUGAGUGCAGCUACGAAGCCCAAGCUUGUACGACACUACUCUGUGAGCACAGACAACCCUCACCAAAGCAAAAAUCUCCCAACCGACUCCACCCUUCCUCCUCUUCCUCCCUUUCCUUCAUGCCAUUCUCCUCUCCUCCUCCAUCAUCCUUCCUCACCUUCUGCUGGAGCCCGUUUCAAUAAGAAAAGUCCUCUGGGUGGUCUCCGUGCCCGUCUGCACUCCUCCUCAUCUGUCCCUAACUUUCUGAAAUUUCAAUUUCUGGCUCCUGUCCAAGAGAACGAUUGUCCCGAGCCAAAAAGCAGGGAUGUUGCAGCUCUCUCUACAUCGAGAGCAGCUUGUGUGGCGGGUGAAAGUCCACUGCGAAACCACAGACACUCGUGGAGGCAGCAGAUCUUCCUGCGGGUUGCUACUCCUCAGAAAGGCACAGACCCCACUGAGCGAGUGGAUCCCUGCCUAGACGGGGGUCUGAUAUGUGUGGGCCAGGUGUCGGGGAUAGGAAAUGGAGACUCAACCAUGAGAGCCGUGCCAGAGGAGGGGACGAAGAGGAGCAAAGUGGAGCUGAGGGAGCUGUGGAGGAAGGCCAUCCUACAGCAGAUCUUGCUGCAGCGAAUGGAGAGUGAGAACCAGAAACUGCAAGCCUCAGAGAGCGAUCUGCAGAACAAGCGCCUCAAGCUGGACUAUGAAGAAAUCACUCCAUGUCUGAAGGAGGUCACUGUGGUGUGGGAGAAACUCUUGAGUACACCUGGCAGAACAAAAGUCAAAUUUGACACAGAGACCAUACAUGCCGCAGUUGCACAAGGUGUGCCGAGGCAGCAUCGAGGUGAGAUCUGGAAGUUCCUCUCUGAGCAGUAUGUGCUCCGGCAGACGGUUCCCUCUCGGCCCCCCUCCAACCACACUCCAUACAAAGAGCUGCUGAAGCAACUCACCUCGCAGCAGCACGCCAUCCUCAUAGACCUCGGUCGUACUUUUCCCACUCACCCAUACUUCCAAGCGCAGCUGGGAGCAGGGCAGCUCUCACUGUUCAACAUACUGAAAGCUUACUCACUGCUUGACCCCGAGGUGGGCUACUGUCAGGGCCUGUCCUUCAUUGCUGGAGUUCUGCUUUUGCACAUGGGGGAGGAGGACGCAUUCAACAUGCUCAAAUUUCUAAUGUUUGAUGUCGGGCUUCGUAAGCAGUACAGGCCUGAUAUGAUUAUCCUGCAGAUUCAGAUGUACCAGCUGUCUCGGCUGCUUCAUGACUACCACAGGGAUCUGCACGGCCACCUGGAGCAGCAGGAGAUCGGCCCCAGCUUAUACGCCACCCCCUGGUUCCUCACGCUGUUCGCGUCACACUUCCCCCUCGGCUUUGUGGCCCGUGUCUUCGAUAUGUUGUUCCUUCAGGGUUCAGAGGUUAUCUUCAAAGUAGCCUUGAGCCUUCUGGGCAGCCACAAGCCUCUGAUCCUCCAGCACGACAGCCUGGAGUCCAUAGUGGACUUCAUAAAGACCACACUGCCCAACCUCGGCCUGGUGCAGAUGGAGAAAACCAUCAACCAGGUAACCUUUUAAACUUGCCUCAGUUCCACCUCAGCUCUGAGUGACAGAGGCUCACGUUGGUGUGAGCCACGCCCUGCCUUUCCAGCAGCACCCAGUGCAGCUGUUGUGUGUGUGUUAAGUCAUUUAAAGUCAGUGUCAUUCCGCCGUUUUUAGAAAAUACAUAAGAUCAGGUGUACCUGCUGAAUGUCUCCAAUUACUAACAUCCCUGAUUCUGUAUUUUAGAAUAUUAACCUACAACUCGUCAAGCAGCCGAGUUGAUGCUUUAAUUUAAAGCUGUUGGGUAUUACAAACUUAACUUAGCUUCAGGGUUACCUUUGACAUUUGCAUGAUGCAACAAACUGGUUUGUCACUGGUUAUUUCCCUCUAGAGUUGGUUCUCCAUUUCACAUUGCAGCCAGGUUUGUAGGUAACCAAGUUUCAACUUCAGCACAAAAAGCACUUUUAGUUUGGGAGGUUGGUUAAAGUUGCGAUGAUCUGUGAAACUAGAGGCACAUUUUAUUGAUCAAGAUCUGUUGUAAUUAACAGAUCAUCCUACAGGGCUCUAGAGUGAGAUCAAUUUGAUCAGAUCAGAUUAGAUUUCUAAAUGUUACACUUUAAAAAAAAAAAAAAAAGUCUCAUGUCGCAAUAGCGCUACCAGUUCUUGGGGGUAAUAAAAGAUCCGCUUUGAAAACAGACGCACUUUGGGACCAUGUUGUAGUCUAAACCAAUCGGAGACAGUGAAAGGCGGGAACUCCUCUCUGAUUGGCCGUGGACCAGACCUUACGUAACUACGUCUGUACUCUGCAGUCAGCGGUGAGUAGGCUAGGCUAGUAGGCUACGAAAGCCAAGUAAGAGUGGAUUUUAUGUGGUUGAGGAAAGAAAAUGUAGAAAAGUUGAGGUCUGAACCAUCCGAAAAGUCAUUACCAUUACUCUGACUCGGAGCUACCAACGCCCCUAUGUUACGUGAAGUUGUGGUUCGGAAACGGUCUCAGAUAACGAGCCACAAACGAUCCACUCCGAGCCAGAGCCACUGAAAUUAACAGGGGGAAGUGUUUUAUAGUCAGCGCCUUCGCCAGUUUCGCUGGCCAAGAUGCACUAAAGCCAAAAAUAUAAUGCACUUAAUUUACUGUAAAGAGUGUCGUGCCACAGUAACUAUUAGUUUCUCCUAUGCGUACUGGUCAGGAAGUGCGGGUCCAUUUGCGUCUCAGUUCCUGCAAACGAGACUUGAAAUAGUGAAUGUAAACUCGGUUUAUAAAUAUUUACAUAAUAAAUAAACGGCGCUGUGUUCGUUUUGUGAUGCAAGAUGUUGUAUCUGCGGAGACGAACAAAAAAACGUUCCUGAGUUCACUGGAGAACAACUAUUUCUAUCAAAUAUUUUCAUAGCCAGAUAGACGAAAUGAAUGAAUCAUAUUAAACGCAAAAUGCAAUAAAGUAAAAUCUGAAUAAAGUUGCACUUGGAAUUAUUUGUCACGUCUGUCAGAUCUAGAUUUAAACUCAUUCAAACCAGGUAGGAAAUGAGCAUCUCUUAAUAUGUUAUUUAAUGUAUCUUGAGAUGUAAUUCUGCUCCAAAUAAGAAACUAUUUUCAUUAGAUUAUUAGUCAUUUACAGAUCAAUAUUACCUUCAUUUGACAGUGAUUUAAAAAGUCUUAUGAAAAAUAAUUAGACACACCAGUGCAAAUUGUUAGUGUAGGAUCAUACAUUUUACAAAGAGAAAAUAUAUUUUUCAAAUGUUGAAUAAAAUACCUGGACUUUGUAUAAAUGGUAAUGUUGGUGCUAAAGUACCAACGUGUUUAGCGUUGUCCUGAGGAAAGUUAUCCAAAGCUGCUCGUGUCCCACCUCUCACUCAAACUGUGCCUUCUACAUAACCCUACUGAUUAACAAAGCAAAGCAGAGCGGGAAUAAAUCUACGUCUCAGCUUUAAUAAUCCAAACAGCUCCUAAAUCCUGAGGAUAAUGAAGAGUAAAGCCUUUAAUUAUAUGUGAGCAACACGGGAUGACAUCUGCCUCCCUCCUGAAAGCUUUCUCUCAAUUAUAGUUUGCUUUUCUCUUCAGAAAGAAGUGUUGACCUAAUUUCAGUGUGAGGCCUUGAGUCCAAAAACGCCAAAACACUGCAGCAAUGCCAUAUUUCAAUUGGACCCAUUUUUACUGUUAUUAACUAAACGAAACAGAUAGUGUAGCAUAUCAUAGACAGUUUACGUAAAUAAAUGCACCCUGUGUCAGUUAUCUUUUGUAAUUCCAUAUGUUUCGGUAGAAACUCGAUUGCCUGCUACUAGUAAAACGUUCAAGUCUAACGUUUUUAGAAGGUUUGAGUCCUUGGUAAAUUGUUUUUGUUGUUGUAGCUGUAUUUUUUUUGUCAUGGUUUUUGUUUUAUCAGGUUUGUGAGAUGGAUGUGUCCAAGCAGUUGCAGGCCUAUGAGGUUGAGUACCACGUGCUGCAGGAUGAGCUGCUGGACACGCCCCCAACCCUCA